CUGAACGAAUCCAAGCUGUCAAAAAGGAAGGAAGAGCAAAUAAGUUUUCCUUUUAAUUCAAAAAGGGCUCAAUUGGAUAUCGCAGUAAUCUGCCCAUGCAGUGCCGCUCGAGCGCCAUUCAAGAGACAUGAGUGGUACAGUUCACCAGAUAGCUCUAAGCACUAAACCUGGCAUCCCCUACUUCCUGCGAGUUGACUGGGCCCACUGCUUGGGUGCUGGGUUCACCUUAGCUCUCACUGAUGGCAGCUCAGCAUGGAUUGGGGAAGUUUCAGAGGAUGAGAUGACAAGGGAGGCCACUGACAUGGGAGUUUCAAGGGACAAGUAUGUUGAGGAUCUUCUGCAAGCUUUAACAAAAAGUGAAGGAAGGCAAGAGGGCGGCAAGGAUGCGUUUUCUUUCCAUCUCACACCAGAUCACCAUUAUCUUUCUUAUGAAAAGAUCUGUAAUAAUAUUUCGGUGCAGUUGGGGUCUGUGGCGAUCCAACCAGCUCCGGACCCUCUCGAUCUCAUCAGAGAGAUGAUCACCCAGUCCCUAAAGCACAGCACCAAUCUGAAGACAGAAAACUCGCAGUUGUUGGAGGACAACCACAGACUGAGGCAGGAUCACCGGCAGAUAAUCAAAGAGCUGGAGGAGCGGGUUCAGGAAAAAGAGACUUUAGAGAGGGAGCUGUACUCACGUUUUGUCAUGGUGCUGAAUGAGAAGAAGGCCAAGAUCAGAAGCCUCCAGGAUGUUGUCCAACAGAUCCGCCAAUCAGACGACCGGCAGAGACAUGAAGAAGGAGCACAAAGUGACAAUGGCAGAACUCAGGGUGAAGAAGGCAGUGAGGACAGAGGAGAAGAGACUGUUCAGAGCAUCCAUCCAUCCCAGGAGUCAACCAUCCUCAUCACAGGUCAUAAUCUGGUGGCGCAUGGUAUCUCUAUUGAGCAGCCUUUUUCCGAUGAUGAAGAUGAAGAGCCGGCACGGAAGCUGAGGUUACGUCGCUCCCCGAGUCCCCACUCUUCUAAAAAGAGAUGAAAUUACAGGUUUAUUUGAUGGACACUAUACUUUCAUGCUAUAAAAACAUUUAUUGACACAACUUGCACUCAGUAGGAAAAAGUGAAACAAAAGUAGAAGAAAAUAUGUUUUUGCAGAUGUUCGGUCCGCCCAUGUUGAGAUUCUGCCAGUCCACUCUUCUAUCACCAAGACAACAAACUCAUCCCAAAUCUGAGUUAAACAAAAGUGCAGGUGAAGAAGGCACUGCUGAAAUGUUACGUCCUGUUCAUUCCAUUUACCACAUUAACGAAGAUUGAAUUUUGUUGCAAAAAAGCAAAGACAAUAAAAUACAAUUUUUUACAACUGUAUGUGUUCAAAUAAGUUUUUGUGUGAGUUUAUGAUUUUACAGAAACAACCUUUAAAUAUGACAACCUCACACAGCUCACAUGUGCAAAUAA